GUAGAAGCCGAAGCCCACGGGUAGCUUUCUCCAGAUCGCCCCGUCACCUUCGACUCAAAACCUCAACCGCAAUCAAAGCGAAUUUCCUGCUCGCCCCUUCCCCCAACCGUGCAGACCACGACACAAACCACCGCAUCGUGUCGCGUCAUUUCCCUUUUUGCGACGACAUUCAAGGCUUCACCCGUUUAUUUCCCAUUAAUAUCUCCACUUCUUCGCAACCACACAGUUGCUCUUGUCCCAUCCUUCCCUUUUCUUAUCUGACUCUCACCACAUCCGUAACACCAACAGUCCUUCACAAUGACGGAACCCGAGAAUUUUGAGGACGAUCUCUUUGAUGAUCUCUACAACGACGAGGCCCCUGCCGCCCCCGCUGCCGCCCCAGAGCCGGCCGCUCCCAGCGCUGAACCUGCCCCUGCCGCAGUCAAGCAAGAGGAUGAUCACGGCGGUCACCAUGGCGCCGAACCUGCCUCUGCCGAAGAUUCGCACAUGAACGGCGGUGAUGAAUACGAGGACGACGAUGACGAUGUCGACUUCAACCUCGGUAACGGCGACACACACGCUCCUGAUACCCCGUCAUACAAUCAAGCGCCAGCGGCGGCCACGCACAAGAACCCCAAUGCCAAGGAGGACGGGAAAAUGUUCAUAGGCGGCUUGAACUGGGAGACAACAGAUGAAUCUCUGAGAGACUACUUCUCCCAAUUUGGCGAGGUCACUGAGUGUACCGUGAUGAGAGAUGGCGCUAGCGGCCGGUCGCGAGGUUUUGGAUUCCUCACCUUCAAGGAUCCCAAAACAGUCAACGUUGUUAUGGUCAAGGAGCACUAUUUGGACGGAAAGAUUAUUGAUCCCAAACGCGCCAUACCUCGAGAUGAGCAGGAGAAGACGAGCAAGAUCUUUGUCGGCGGUGUCAGCCAAGAGACCACGGACGCCGAGUUUAAGGACUACUUCGCCCAGUUCGGGCGUGUUGUUGAUGCUACACUCAUGAUGGACAAGGACACGGGCCGCCCGCGGGGCUUUGGCUUCGUCACCUUCGAGUCCGAGGCUGGCGUGGACGCUUGUCUUGCCACGGAUUUGGAGAUCCACGGGAAGCCAAUCGAGGUGAAGAAGGCGCAGCCCCGCGGCAACAUGCGAGAGGAAGAGGAGGCCAAGGGCCGCGGCAACAACCGAUUCGGCAACCGGGGCAGAGGCGGAAACAACUUUGACGACAAUUCGUCGCAGGGGGGGGCCGUCUCUGGUGGAAACAGCGGCGGCAAUGCUGGCGGCCCCAGCGGGUCGGCGAUGGCACAGCAGUGGGCCCGCAUGCAGCAGAUGUUCCAGAUGUGGCAGCAACAGAUGGCCAUGCAGAACCGCGGCAUGGGCGGCAUGAACCCACAGGCGGCCAUGAUGCAGAUGAUGCAGAUGCAGCAGAUGCAGCAACAGAUGAUGAUGCAGGCCCAGCAACAAGGUGGCGCCGGCGCCGGCCGUGGCAGCCCCAUGGGCAACAUGGGCAACAUGGGCGGCCAGAUGAACCCUGCCAUGAUGCAGCAGAUGAUGAACCAGAUGGGAGGCCAGGGAGGCGGGCCCGGCGGUCCCCAGGGCGGCAUGCAGCAACAGCCAAACGUCCCCACCGGCCCUGGCGGUGGCGGUGGCGGUCAGAACCGGCCGGCUUACAACGCCUACGAGCAGCAGAUGUUUGAGCAGCAAAAGUACGACCAGCGCGGCGGCCGGCAGGGCAGCGGCAGCAACAUGGGCGGGCAACAGCAGGGCUACGGCAUGGGCGCCGGCGGGGCGCCGGCCUCGUGGGAGGGCAUGUAUGACGACGUCCCCCCGCCCAACGUGCCCAACCAGAUGGGAGGAGCCGGCAACAUGAGCCCUGCCUCCAUGGGCAGCCACGGCGGCGGCGGACGCGGAGGGGGUGGCUUCCGGGGCCGCGGAGGCUUCCACCACCAGAACCACCAACAGCCGGCGGACCCUACGAAGGCGCCUCCUGCCAACGCACCUACGGGACCCAAGAACGCCGGACGCCCGGGUGCAAACUACCGCGGCGGCGGGAGGGGUGGUGGGGCGAGGGGUUUCCACCCCUAUGGACGUUAGAAUCGCCCGUGGAUGUGAAUCCUUACCCCCUUACGGAGUCGGUCCUCUUUCCAUUGUCCUCGGGUGGCUUACAGGGGAGGUGGCGUUCUACCUGGACGAGCUAUUACUUUUUCUUUCUACUCUUCGGCCUGGUUGUUCUUGGAGUAUGCCGGAUGGCACGACCACAGCGCCCCCCGCCAUCUACCCGCAUGGCAUGGCCUCUACGACAUGCGUGUCCCGGAAGAGACGGACGGCAUGAUGGGGCGGUGCGGGCCCCACCAGCCGGCAGCAUUGCGACCAAACCUGUACAUUAGCAAAGCAAGUCUCCUUCCCACCCCAAAAAAAAAACAAAUCAUCAGCCGGCUAUCUUGCGCCUUGGCCAUCGAUCGGGUGCUUGGGUUUCUACACCACGAGGGAAAUCAAGAACAAUCAUUCGGUACGCAGCGGCAGUGCAUGUUUGUGUGUUUCUCGAGAUGCCCCGGCCGCGCAACACGAUUCGCGAGCAGGGACGAGGACGGGAGGUAAUCUGAGCAGGCAGGGCGGCGGGCGGCGGGCGGCAAGCUUUAGAAAGGGGCAAAAGGGGUCGGCCUGCGUUGCUCGAGUAGUCAUCCGUUGGGUGGACGGUUGCUUCCGUGAAUUGAAGCUUGCGAAGCUUACGACUCUUCUCUGGGCCAUGUGUGAUCAAUGUUAGUCUGUAGCUGCCCUCUCUUGUGUCUCACGGUUCAUGUGAAAGAUGCACUCUUCCAUUCGUUCUGGUUCAUCAUCUUCGCCCUUGUGCACG